AUGCUCCAGGAGAGGCGACAGUGCCCCAGGAGAGGCAGCAGUGCCCCAGGAGAGGCGGCAGUGCCCCAGGAGAGGCGGCAGUGCUCCAGGAGAGGCGACAGUGCCCCAGGAGAGGCGACAGUGCCCCAGGCGAGGCGACAGUGCCCCAGGAGAGGCAGCAGUGCCCCAGGAGAGGUGGCAGUGCCCCAGGAGAGGCGGCAGUGCUCCAGGAGAGGCGACAGUGCCCCAGGAGAGGCGGCAGUGCCCCAGGAGAGGCGACAGUGCCCCAGGAGAGGCGACAGUGCCCCAGGAGAGGCGACAGUGCCCCAGGAGAGGCAGCAGUGCCCCAGGAGAGGUGGCAGUGCCCCAGGAGAGGCGGCAGUGCUCCAGGAGAGGCGACAGUGCUCCAGAAGAGGCGGCAGUGCCCCAGGAGAGGCGGCAGUGCUCCAGGAGAGGCGACAGUGCCCCAGGAGAGGUGGCAGUGCCCCAGGAGAGACGGCAGUGCUCCAGGAGAGGCGACAGUGCCCCAGGAGAGGCGGCAGUGCCCCAGGAGAGGCGGCAGUGCCCCAGGAGAGGCGGCAGUGCCCCAGGAGAGGCAGCGGUGCCCCAGGAGAGGCGGCAGUGCCCCAGGAGAGGCAGCGGUGCCCCAGGAGAGGCGGCAGUGCCCCAGGAGAGGCGGCAGUGUCCCAGGAGAGGCGACAGUGCCCCAGGAGAGGCAGCAGUGCCCCAGGAGAGGCAGCAGUGCUCCAGGAGAGGCGGCAGUGCCCCAGGAGAGGCGGCAGUGCUCCAGGAGAGGCGACAGUGCCCCAGGAGAGGCGGCAGUGCCCCAGGAGAGGCGGCAGUGCCCCAGGAGAGGCAGCAGUGCCCCAGGAGAGGCGGCAGUGCCCCAGGAGAGGCGACAGUGCCCCAGGAGAGGUGGUGGUAUUGGGUGUGCACGAGCCAGGACCUACAGGCACCUACAGGGACCUACAGGCACCUACAGGGACCUACAGGAACCUACAGGAACCUACAGGAACCUACAGGGACCUACAGGAACCUAGAGGAACCUACAGGGACCUACAGGAACCUACAGGCACCUACAGGAACCUACAGGGACCUACAGGAACCUACAGGGACCUACAGGAACCUACAGGCACCUACAGGAACCUACAGGCACCUACAGGAACCUACAGGAACCAUCAACAUGGUAGCGAAGAUCUACAGAAGCCGAGUCCAUGA